AUGCUGCCGAAGAAGCCUGCAGGAAAAGGAGGGCCCGGGGAGCCGGGCUCCGAGGACCCGAGCCUCGCCCAGCGGCAGCGGUGUGCCCGGACCGUGCCCCCGAGCGCGGCCCUGGCAGCCCUCUUGUCAGCGGUGGCCGUGGCGUCCUGUCUGUACCUGGGGGUGAAAACCAACGACCUCCAGGCGAGGAUCGCCGCUCUUGAAUCCGCCAAAGGGGACCCUUCCAUCCGCCCGCUUCCCGAUUGCCUGGAUCAGCUCAAAGCAGUGGUGCAGGAGAAAGUGGAGCGACUUCUGGCUCAGAAAUCCUAUGAACACAUGGCCAAAAUAAGAAUCGCAAGAGAAGCACCUUCAGAAUGCAACUGCCCAGCAGGCCCUCCAGGGAAACGAGGUAAGAGAGGCCGAAGAGGAGAAUCUGGUCUUCCUGGUCAGCCUGGUCCUCAGGGCCCUCCUGGUCCCAAAGGUGAUAAGGGAGAACAAGGUGAUCAGGGACCUCGGAUGGUGUUUCCUAAAAUCAAUCAUGGGUUUCUCUCUGCUGAUCAGCAGCUCAUUAAACGCCGCUUGAUUAAGGGCGACCAAGGACAAGCUGGGCCCCCAGGCCCGCCAGGCCCUCCAGGCCCACGAGGGCCUCCUGGAGACACAGGGAAAGAUGGCCCCCGCGGAAUGCCAGGAGAGCCGGGUGAACCAGGGAACCCAGGAAAACAAGGCUCAAUGGGUCCUAUGGGGCCUCCAGGACAAAAGGGUUCUGUUGGAGCACAUGGAAUUCCAGGGUUGAAUGGGCAGAAGGGUGAGCCCGGGUUGCCUGGAGCAGUGGGACAGAACGGAAUACCAGGGCCAAAGGGAGAACCUGGAGAGCGAGGAGAAAAGGGAGAUGCUGGCGAGAGUGGUCCCAAAGGUGAUGCAGGAGAAAAGGGUGACCCUGGAUCAUCUGCUGCAGGAAUUAAGGGAGAACCUGGAGAAUCUGGUCGUCCAGGGCAAAAGGGUGAACCAGGGCUUCCUGGGCUUCCUGGACUUCCGGGGAUAAAGGGUGAACCAGGUUUCAUUGGUCCUCAAGGAGAGCCAGGCUUACCAGGCUUACCAGGAACAAAGGGUGAGCGAGGGGAGGCAGGGCCUCCCGGAAGAGGUGAGCGAGGGGAGCCUGGAACUCCUGGACCAAAGGGGAAACAAGGUGAAUCAGGAGCUAGAGGCCCAAAGGGGUCAAAGGGUGACCGUGGAGACAAAGGAGACUCUGGAACCCUGGGACCAAGAGGCCCACCUGGUCAAAAGGGGGAUCAAGGAGCCACAGAGAUCAUAGAUUACAAUGGCAACCUCCACGAAGCCUUGCAGAGGAUUACCACCUUAACUGUCACGGGUCCCCCUGGACCACCUGGACCUCAAGGACUACAAGGGCCAAAGGGGGAGCCAGGAUCGCCAGGAAUCCCAGGAGUUGACGGAGAGCAGGGACUCAAAGGCUCAAAGGGAGACGUGGGGGACCCAGGUAUGCCAGGUGAAAAAGGAGGAAUCGGACUUCCUGGAUUACCGGGUGCCAAUGGGAUGAAAGGAGAAAAAGGAGACUCUGGAUUGCCUGGUCCUCAGGGCCCUUCUAUCAUAGGCCCACCAGGCCCACCAGGUCCCCAUGGCCCACCAGGCCCCAUGGGACCCCAUGGACUUCCUGGACCAAAGGGUGAACCAGGGUUAAAUGGUGUUAAAGGAUUGAAGGGUGAACCAGGUCAAAAGGGUGACAGAGGACCCCUUGGUCUUCCAGGAGCAUCUGGCUUAGACGGAAAGCCAGGAGCCCGGGGGACAGAUGGCCCUAUGGGACCCCAUGGCCCUGCAGGUCCCAAAGGAGAAAGAGGCGAAAAAGGAGCUGUGGGAGAGCCCGGACCCAGAGGGCCCUAUGGCCUGCCCGGGAAAGAUGGAGAGCCUGGUCUUGAUGGCUUCCCUGGCCCACGAGGCGAGAAGGGCGAUCUAGGAGAAAAGGGAGAAAAGGGGGAAAAGGGAAAGAAAGGCAAAAAGGGGCCAAAGGGGGAGAAAGGAGAACAGGGUGCCCCUGGAUUAGAUGCACCUUGCCCGUUGGGUCCAGACGGAUUGCCCAUGCCUGGCUGUUGGCAAAAGUGA